AUGACAGUAAUUUGGUUUCGACUCUCGUGCAUCAGUUUGUUAAACCGUGGACAGAGGAACAUAAGUAUUUUCUCCAACGCAACGCCUUCUAAUUUGAAUAAAGUGGUCUCGGAUGCAGAGAAAAUUGUGGGUUAUCCGACCUCCUUCGUGAGCCUGCGCUGCUUGCUGAGUGAUGAACUUAGUAAUGUAGCAAUGCACGUGAGGAAACUGGUUGGAACAAAACACCCGUUACUCAGCACUGCGAGGGGCCUCAUCUAUGACAGCAGAAACAACCUUCAGAUGAGGGGUCUGGUGGUCCUGUUGAUGUCCAAGGCAGCUGGUCCCAGCCAGCACACAGCCUCAGACCACCUGCCCCAGGACAUGGUCAGCGGCAUCUACCCCAGUCAGAGGAACCUGGCUGAAGUCACAGAGCUCAUCCACACGGCCUUCCUGGUGCAUCGUGGGAUCAUCAACCUAAAGGAGUGGACCAACUCUGACGGUCCCCUGAAGGAUAUGCAGUUUGGAAACAAGAUGUCCGUUCUCAGUGGGGACUUCUUGCUUGCCAAUGCUUGCACUGGACUGGCCCAGCUAAACAAUACUAAGGUUGUGGAGUUGAUAUCGAGUGCCAUUGGUGACUUGGUGCAGGGAAUCUACCAUGAGAUCCACAACAGUUUGGAGGACAAUAGCCUGACUGAUGAAAUCAACAUGGUCAUGUGGGAGGAGCAGACAUUCUUGUCCCAUGGUGUCUUGCUGGCAAAAAGCUGUCAGGCAGCGAUGGAGCUUGCCAAACAUGACAAAGAUGCACAAGGACUGCCUUACAAAUAUGGCAAGCAUCUAUCAUUGGGCCACAAGUUGAAUUCUGACCUGCAGCUAUUUGUAAAGAGCAGCAGCUCAGCAGACCCAGUAACCUUCAGUUUUAACUCGGCCCCUGUGGUUUUCCACAUUGUGGGGCAGGAGAGAUGGUGUCAUCAGCUUAAACAGGCAAAAACUAUUGGAAGACAAAUGGACUAUACAAAGCUGCGGUCCACGACCAAAUUGGAGAAAGGUGUCACCUCGACAAUAGAUCUGUGCCGUUACCACGGCAACAAGGCUCUGGAGUCCAUCCAGUGUUUCCCUUCCUCUGAGGCACGUUCAGCCUUGGAGAACAUCGCUCGAGCUGUCACAAAGUUCUGACCCCCCUACUCUCCUGUGGCCUCAGGACAACGUGCACAAUCAAUCGAUGCUAGAAAAACAAUCUUGGUUCCAUUUAAGCCAAUCAGUGAGCAGAAUACUCACGACCCCCUAAGUCCGACCGGCGUUUACUGGAAAUGAAACUACA